CCGCCUGCUGAGUGUCAUCGAAGGCCAACAGCUGAGCCAGCCAACGCCCUACACGUGGCGACGGUGCAGCUAUAUAAACCACACGCUGGCCGCUCCACUGCAUUCGACACACUUGCCUCUCCCAUCUUACAACAUGAAGUUUCUGGUGAUUGUCUUCGCCGCCUGCGUGGCCGCCGCCUGCUGCCAGGAGACACGAGAGAAGCGCGGCCUCCUGGGGGCGGGAGUGCUGGCCGCCCCCGGCGCUGUGCUGGCCCCGCGCGUUCUCGCCGCUCCCGCCAUAGCCGCCGCCCCCAUCGUCGCCGCUCCCGCCAUCGGCCACGCCCCUCUGGGCCUGGGGAUCGGCUUGGGUCACCCCAUCAUCGGCUGAACCACUACAUACUAAUUUAUACUUGUCUGUGUGUACUGUGUCUCCAAAAAUAAAGCCUCUGUAAAAUCA